AGAGCGGAAUCGUGGCUCCGUUAGCAUCCAGAGCUAGCGGACUGGUUGGGGGGAACGCGGUGUGGAGGAAGGCGUCCUGCGCACUGUAGGCAGAAAGAUAUCGGCGACUUCAAAUAUCCCCAGCUAAUCCUCGAGCUAACCAUUAUCCCUCCAUGCUGUCCGCGAAAGGAAGAUAACGGUAAUAACCCUGCACUGCCACCAAAAUUAGCCACCGUGCGAGACAGAUUAAGGGGAAACUGCGUUUUGCGCGAGGAGUCUUCCUUUGAAGCAGCAGCAGUUUUCUGCUCGGAAUAUUAACAAAAUAUAGCUUCAACCUCAACCAACGUGACUUACUGUGAGAAUGAGGUUACCGAGGCAUUUUGCGAUGGAGGGAGACGGGAAGAAGAUGGACCAAGCGCCUCCGUUCAGAAACCCUUUUGUGCACGUCUUGAAAUUCACCCCUCUGGAGAAGGCAAAGAUUGCAUUAAUGACAGUCACACUGUUCCCCAUCCGUCUACUCAUAGCUGCAUUCAUGAUGCUGUUGGCUUGGCCUUUUGCCUUCCUGGCCUCAGUAGGGCGCUCAGAGACCACCGUCGAACCCCAGUGCCUCUGGAGGAGAGUGGUGGACAUAAUUCUGAAGAUCAUCAUGCGGGUCAUGUGGUUUGCGGGGGGUUUCCAUUGGAUGACCGUGAAAGGACGAAGGGCACUGCCCGCAGAGGCACCCAUCCUCACCCUGGCGCCCCACUCGUCUUACUUUGACGCCAUCCCAGUCACUAUGACAAUGGCCUCAAUUGUCAUGAAGGCCGAGAGCAAGGAUAUACCUCUCUGGGGCACUUUGAUUAAGUACAUCAGGCCAGUGUUUGUAUCACGGUCAGACCAGGACUCAAGAAAAAAGACUGUGGAGGAGAUCAAACGCAGAGCCCACUCUGGAGGGGAAUGGCCUCAGAUUAUGAUAUUUCCAGAGGGAACAUGCACCAAUAGAUCCUGCUUAAUCACCUUUAAGCCAGGGGCCUUCAUCCCAGCUGUACCAGUGCAACCUGUCGUGAUUCGUUACCCUAACAAACUGGACUCAAUCACAUGGACGUGGCAAGGACCUGGAGCGUUUGAAAUCUUGUGGCUGACACUCUGCCAGUUGCACAACGAGUUUGAGGUCGAGUUCCUCCCCAUCUACACACCCUCAGAGGAGGAGAAAAAGAACCCUGCUCUCUUUGCUAUUAACGUGAGGCGUGUCAUGGCCAAAGCCCUGGGGGUACCCAUCACAGACUAUUCAUUUGAAGACUGCCAGCUGGCCAUGGCAGAAGGCCAGCUGAGACUGCCAGUCGACACCUGUCUGCUGGAGUUUGCCAAGCUCGUCAGGAGACUGGGGCUGAAACCCAGGAACACUGAGAAGGUUCUGCAGGAUUAUGGAAACAGAGCCAGGAAGCUGGAAGGUCAGAAGCUGGACUUGGACGCCUUUGCUCAGUUCCUCGAUGUGCCAGUGUCAGAGAUGCUGCGAGACAUGUUCGCUCUUUUUGAUGAGCACGAAGAUAACUGCAUGGAUAUCAGAGAAUACGUGAUAGCCUUAUCUGUCGUAUGCAGACCUGCCAAAACUCUGGAAACGAUGAAAUUGGCCUUCAAGAUGUUUGAGGCAGAGGAGGACGGCGCCAUCACAGAGAUGGAGUUGGCAGUUAUCCUGAAGACAGCUUUAGGGGUGACUCACCUCAGCGUGUCACGUCUGUUUACCGCCAUCGAUCCUGAAGACAAAGGGAAGAUCACAUUCGAUAACUUCAGAUGCUUCGUGGAGCAGCACCCAGACUUUGCUAAAGAGUACCUGUACACAGAAAACGCAGGCCUCCACAGUCACCAGACAAAUCCCAGCCUGUCUUCCCAGGACCUGCAAGGCACUGCCACCACCAAAACAGCUAACGGUAUCUGCCCCGACUUCAGCCCCAACGACCAUGACGGCACAAUAGAUGGACUCCUCAAGAAACACAACUGAAAGGGUUUAAAAUUAUAGAGGGAGGAAACUAACAUCUCUCCUGGUGAGAGUGUGUUGUGCGUUAGGGCAGAGGGUAGUUGUAAGGAACUUGUUUGAACAGUAAGGGACUACAUUUCAGUAACCACAACUACAAAAAUGAAGAAGUUUACCUUACCCUUUUUUUAUUAGUAUUGUAUCCAUGAAAUUUUUGAGGUUAUUUUCAGCCCGGUAACGAGUUUAUUUUAUUAUUAAUUCCUAUUUCUUUUUUUUUUUUUUUCUUUUUUCAUAGCAAGGAUCGUCAAAAUGCCAAACUUGGCCGUUUCAGAAAUAAUGCUUGAAUACUCGAAGGGCAAGCACUUGUGUAAAUUCCUGGGGCAAAUUUUAUUUUCUUUUAUUUUUCUUUUCUCUCCAACAUAGUGCUAAAUGUGCAUGUUUUUAACAUGAGGUAAGCAAGACAAAAACAAAAGCCCUGGACAGUCAAGUGAACUAAUUUUUAGUGAAAUCAGUGUUGGAUUUUCUUUUCUUUGUAACUUUUAUUUGUUUCCUCUCUUUAAUGGUAGCUGCCUUUUUAACUGAAAGUGCAGAAUGCAUGGGCUCAUGUUAUUUUGAGCAGUAGCCUACUGAGGAUUAUUUAUCUAAAGAAGGGAGGCCUGAAGGUACCGGUGACAAUUGUGUGACUGCUUGAAGCGUAACACUCCAGCAGCCACGUUUGAGGUGAACUCGGGCCUCUUGUGAGUUGACGGUCAUAAUUGCUAUGAGCCUGUUACAUAUACAAUGAUAUAUUUGAUUUAGCUCAGGGUUCAGUGACAAAAAUGAAAAAUUUAACUCGUAUGAUGUCAUCAUUUUUGGCACUCACUGGGUUACGUGCAUGUCUUCGUUUCUUACGACAUCAGUACUCUUCUGCCCAGUCAUUCCUCACUCACAUCAACGUCACAUUUCUUUCAGGUCGGCAAAUUCAAGUGUCUUUUUUUUAUUGUUGAAAUUACACAACGUGGACCAAAAAUACAUUUGGGUGAUUUAACGUCACCUGUCAUGUUUUGUACUGUCCUUUUCAGUCAGUGGUGUAAUGGCUGUAAGCAGGCGGGAUUCACAAUGUGUGGCCAGUGAAAGCACAUUCAGUUAGGUGGCUUUGUUGGAUUUUCUAAAGGCAAGGUCAUACUACUUCCCUCUCUAUCAUACACUGCAACAUUGUUAUUCAUUCCCACUGUUUUCACAGCAUAUCCUCAGCCGGUCUGAAACUCCUACUGUUGAGAUGUUAAAGGAUUUAAUAAUUAAACAUUCAUCAUUCACUGUCAGUGAUGGUUUAAAAGAGACCCAAGCGUCUUUGCAUAUAAUCACAGUCAAGGGACCAGUAGAAUUGGAAACUAUCGACCUUUAGUAAUAUGUACGCCUUGUUGUUUUCUCUAAUGGUUGUCGAAUUGGCACACAGAUAUUUAGUCACUGACAGUGAUUUAAACUUCUCAGUGCAUUGAUACACCUAUAAUCACAGGUCAGGUAGGCCUGUUUAAGAUUACAAAUUUUUAUCGUAAAUUGGUAAACUAAUGGAGUUGUUCAUUAGCCCUUUGUGGUCUUAAUAUUGCAACCCUGAUUCCAAAAAAAGUUUGGACGCUGGGUAAAACAUACAUAUAAACAGAAUGCAAUGAUUUGCAAAUCCUUUCAACCCACAGUGGGGGAAAUUAUUCAACAAGUCUUUUAUUUUUUUAUUAAACACGUUUUUAAUGCAGCUAUAAUACCAGACAAUGGUAUUAAGUCAAUAAAACUAUACCAAUAAAGAAAUUGUAACAUUUCAAUCCACAAAAAAUUAUGUGCAAUAAAGUGGAAUGAUGCAGGAAAAAAGUUUUGAACGCACUAACUGAAAUUUAUUUAAUACUCUGAGAACGUUUCCUGUAUGGAAAAACUAAUCUCUCACAUUGUAUAGGAUAUUUGGCCAAUUCUUCCACACGGGCAGUCUUCAAGUCAAGAUUUUGAGGGGCCCUCUUGUCAAUCUUAAAGAAAUGUCACUUUUAAAAUGGCAACAAUUAUCGUCCUUAGUCCCCGAACACAAAGGAAAUGUGCUGCAACACAGCGAUAAACAGUGUGUUGCAGCAUUAAUUUCAGAAUUAUUGCAUACUUAUAAAAACAAAAGUUCAUCAGUUUGAUCACUAAAUAGCUUGUCUUUCAAAAAGGGAUUUGCAAAUCAUUACAUUCACUUCUUAUCUACGUUUUACAAAGCAUCCCGACUUUUUACAGUAUCUGGUUUGUCUUAAUAUUUUAGGACACAGUUAUCUUGAUUAUUACUGGAAAGAAAGUCGUAUUAAAACCUUGCAACACCCCCCUAACAUUUUUGAAUUUGUCAUAUAAAUAUAUAUAUUUGUAACUUAUUUCAAGAAACUAUCUAAUUACAAUCAAGCUUUGGAUGUAUCAGCAAAAUCUUCACACAAUGAUGCUCAUUUCAAUCAUUUGCCAACAAUUAAUUGGCUGUCUCUAGAAACAUGCAAAAUAACCAAACUUAAAAAAAAACACACAAAAAAUUAAAGUUACAUUAUGCUGCAGCGUCGUACGUCAUGUCAUUUUUACAGCACAAUUGUUAAAGGGAAUACCUCUCGUGAGCAGAUGAAAUGGAACACAUUGGAAUCUGUUUGUGGCCAGUUACACUUGGGAUCUUUGCAUUCAUGGUUCGAUUCUGUUGACUCUUUGUUUAUGGAUAUCACACAAACACGUACUACUUUCUAAGUGUUUUUUUGUUUUCCUCAAAUCCCGUAAGUUCAUCGUGUCGGUGAGCCUCACAUUCCCAUCACAUCCACGACCAUACUGCAAACUGUACAUGUGUAUUUCCAUUACGGCUUUCGGUGAAGCAAUAUUUCACAUCUCUUAAGCCUUCUCAAGAUGUAUGCUUUUGAAGAGUUCUGAUAUGUAUUUUGAAUAUUCCAAAUGCAGGACAUUUUGUGAAUUUUUGAUAUACGUAUAUGAAUGAUUUUUAUUUUCACUGCCAUGACAAAGAUCUGUGAUCUUCUCUCCUCUGCAGAUUGUAUUGAUGGUGAAAAAUGAGCCACAUUUUUCUUUUUUUGUUCCUUUGUAUAAUACUGCAGUUGUUUUGUGCUGUAUUCCUCCUACACAGUGUAAAGUUUUAUUGUUGUUAUAUUAUUACUAUUAUCGCUGAGUUGACUGCUUAGAAACAAAAAUGCAGAUUUCUUAUGGAAACCGAUAGCCUUGAAUCUAUAGAAUUUUUAUGCGAAAAAAGAGAAUGUAUAGACAAUCUUGUCACAAUCAGAAGCUCCUCAAAGAGCUGAUCUCCAGUGGACAUUUUCCGAAGAAAUCAUGGUUUUCAGAUGUACACUUUUUAUCCUGUUUGAGCCCUCUCUCCAUUGACUUUUUUAUGUUUUCUGUUUAAGGCAUGCAGGUUGAAAUAAGCAAAGUGGGAGUGUGUAAGCGCGCCAGGCCUUGAGGUGAUGUCUGCCACCACAUGACGGGCCACAUGGCACAAACACUCCAGACUGUGUACGCACAUAUAAACUAACAUUAUGUCAAAUUACAAUCUUUUAGUAUUUCCCCCUUACUACUUUGUCCUUUUUAAAUUAUACGUAUUUGUGCUUGCACUUUAGAUUAUUUUCUUUAUUUUUUAAGAAAUAUCACAUUGCUGUAAAGCAUGAUAAGUUUGUAGGUUACAGUAUUGUAGCUCAAAUUUUGUUAAUAUGAACAGUUUUGGCAUUCAUAUAUUUGCUGCAAUAAUGGGAGCACAGAGGAAAUUAGGGAUCACACAUUAAAGGAAGCUGUCCCUUGUCCCACAUUUCGUUUUUGUACUGUAAGAAAGAGCUGGGUUAGUUUAAACAUCCGAAACACUUUUUAGACCUACUUUUCUGCCUUUUCUCAGGAUUGUGGAAAUUUUGUAGCUUGAAACAACUUUGUAAACUUGUAAGACUUGGCAGCAACGUACUGAUUUGAAUGACUGUAAAACUGCACGGUGGAAUGGAUAAGUAUUAAAUGUACUCCUAAGUGAUGUGAAUUUACAGCAGGUGGAUGGUUAUACAGUUCACUCUGCGUGUAUGAGGGAAACCAUACUGUUUUUGUACAUAGGUGGAGAAUUUGAUUGUGAAUUUCAACUGAGACAAAGCAUUGAUAUUUAAGACUUGAUCCAGAAUGAAAUGUAUUGAGCCACUGUAACCCCUCAUGCAUUUUUGUUUGUUUAUUUUAAACCAAUAUUUCCAUGUGAACAUCUAAAGGAUGAUACUGUAUUUCAUCAGCAAGUCAGAUAUGUACAUUUAUAUUUAAUAGUUACAUCCAAAACGAUUUGGCAUUGGGGCUAUUUGGCAAAAAAAGAUGGGUCCAUUUCUUUUCACACUUGUUUCACUUCCCUUUAUUUCAAAUACCUCUGCAGAGGUGAAUUUCCAUCUUUUCUACUUGCUAUCAAUCUGAUAAAAAUGUAAACCUGCAAGAGAUAAACUUGUAUUUAUGCUACUGCUGCCUGCUUACCACAGUUUGUCCAGCAGUGAGCCUAAGACGAAAGACUUGUGUACUCCGAUGGAGCGAUAGUGUCUUUCUGAUGGCUUAUUGUCGUGUGGACCAAGAAACUGAACUCUGUUUUCUCUGUAGCUUUACUUCCUGUCUUUUUCUAUACUGAACAGGUUUUAUUUUAUUAAUGCAUUUUGAUGAUGAAGAGUCAUUACCGCAAGCUACUUUGAAAUCGUCUGUUCAGGACUGCUAUGAUAUAACUUGUUAAUGUGACUCUUGGAUUGAAUUAAAAAAAGAAAUGUUAA